AGAAAAGGUAUUUAUCCCUCAAAUUAAAAUACGUUAUUGGUAUUUAACACUUUUUGAUUUCUUCUUAACAAGGUUAAGUUUAUUAUUAAAUUAGCAUAAAAAAAUCAAUUAGGAAGAAUAAUGGAGAAGCUAAGUGGAAAAGCCGGAAGGGAAUUAGAAAGCCAAUGUGAACCAAUGAAUAAAGACUCUGCCCCCAUUAACUAACCAGUCAGCACAUAUGAAUGAAGGGAUCUUUUAAUUGAAGAAAAUGUUUAUACGUUUUUAAAUGUAUAUCUAUUUAAUUAAUAAAUAAAUAAUAAUAAACAAGUCAAAAUUAUAGUAAAUUUCAUCCUUGAAUGAAUAUAUUUUUUUUACUAUUAUUGUUGAUUAGCGUAACUAAGAAUAUUUCUGUGGGUUAGAAAAUUAAUCUCAUGAUAUGCAUGCUCCAAUGCAUGAAAUAGAAUCCCCAAAUUUAAGCCAAAAAAAAGGGUAUUUAAAGAAAGUUAAUCAAAAAAAUUCAGCCAACUUUUUUUGACCAAAACCCAAAAAAAUAAAAUUCUUUGGUUCUUAAAAAUAUCUUAUAUAAAGCCAAACCAUCAUGGAAAAGAAUUAUAAGAGUGCCUUAUAUCCUUUUCUUUUUUUUUAAGUUUUUUUAAGAAUGAAUAUUAUUGGUACUCAGAAAUUGCUAUGCACACCCAUCUUGGUUGUUGUGAUUCUUCUUUUGUCAAUAUCAUUGGUUGAAUGCAUGAAGAAUGAUAAGAAAGAUCGAAGAAAGAAAGUAGAAGACUGUGAUAUCUUCAUAGGAGAAUGGAUUUUGGAUAAUCAGACACAUCCUUUGUACAAAGAAGAUGAAUGUGAGUUUCUGUCUCAAUGGUCUGCCUGUCUGAAAAAUGGAAGGCCUGAUUCUCUCUAUCAGAAUUGGAGAUGGCAACCCAGAGAUUGUUCUUUGCCCAAGUUUAAGGCAAAAAGGUUCCUACAGGAACUGAGGGGAAAGAAGCUUAUGUUUGUUGGAGACUCUAUACAUAUUAACCAAUGGCAAUCUUUGGUUUGUUUGGUCCAAUCUGCUGUCUCACCAAGCAAGAAGAGCGUGGACUAUUCAGGCUAUCCACAAGUCUUCAGAAUUCAGAAAUAUAAUGUGACAAUAGAAUUCUACUGGGCACCAUAUCUAGUUGAAUCAAAUGUAGACCCUCCAGAGUUUAGGGAUGGCAAAACAAUUGGUAUAAUAAUGUCUGAAUCAAUUGAAAAGCAUGGAAAUAAUUGGAAGGAUGCUGAUUAUCUUAUCUUCAAUUCAUAUGCCUGGUGGAUCAAGCAACCCACUGUAAGAGUACUGCAAGGAUCUUUUGAAGAAGGAGACACAAAGUAUGUAGAGAUCGAACGGCAUGUAAUAUUUGAGAAAGUUUUAAGGACAUGGGCCAAUUGGGUGGAGGACAACAUUGAUCAUAAACGGACCUCUAUCUUCUUUAACAGUGCAGCUCCUGAACAUUACAGGAGCUUGGACUGGAACAACCCAAAAGGGGUUAAUUGUGCGACGGAGACGACACCAAUUCCUAACACAGCCACGCCAAUAGACGUGGGUACAGACAGGAAAAUAUUCACAAUUGCAGCAGAAGUGGUUAAAUCCAUGAAAGUAAAAGUCAAUUUCCUCAACAUCACAACCUUGUCGGAAUACAGAAAAGAUGCACAUCCUUCUGUUUACAUCCUUCAAGGUGGUAAAUUUCUGACCCCAAAGCAGAAAUCUGAUCCAGCCAAGUAUGCAGAUUGUGUUCAUUGGUGCAUCCCAGGCCUCCCUGAUACUUGGAAUGAAUUGCUCUAUGCCUUCAUCGUACCUCAGUCUUGACCACUCUUUGUUCAAUCCUACGUUUAGCUUAAGCUUUACGUCAUCCACUUACACUACAUGCAAAUUUGUCGUCCAUUCGACCUACUCGGUGUUUUUUUUUUUGGGAAACACUCUUAGCUCAUGAUUUAAUAAAUCAAAUAAAUCCCCGUAAAAAUCUCAAAAGCUAAUGUUUAUAAAAUCUUCCAUAUUUGGUUAAUGUAUUAUUAAAUAAUGCCCAUGGUUUCGAUGAACAUGCAUAAAUAUGGCCA